AUGUGUAACUCCUUAAACUUCCUACUCGCCCCAUCACAGUGUACUGAUUCGAUAGCCCUCUGUUAUAUUUCAUUCAAUCACAUUUCCAUCCUUAGCUAUUUGUUUAUAUUUCACAUGCAUGUAUGCAUAUGCAAAUAUGUUUUACCCCUGAUACCGUACACAUUCUCCCCAUUUACACUCUUAUAUUAUUAUUAUUACUAUUAUUAUUAUUAUCGUUUUUCCUCCAUUCCAUUUCACUCUACCCCCCCCCCUCGACACACACACACACAUACACAAAGCCCCAAAAACCCGUGCACCAACCCAAUAGUUCCUCAUUCUGGUCGCGGGUGUUACAAACGUCAGGCGGAAGUUAUCCCUCUCCCACCGUACCCGCGGGAGAGGCUUGCAUCUUGA